ACUUCUCGACAACGUCAGUCCUACAGGACAAGACUUGUACAUGUGCAUUUCACCGACGUGCGUGAAUACGCUGCACUCUCCACGUCCUUUUCAUCGCCCUCGAAAGCGCCAGCACAACAACGAAUCUCUUUGAAGCUAACCGAAUUCCCCACGCAGGCGCUCGGGUGAUCUUGUGAUGCGAUACACUACUGCGACCCAUUGAUACUCUUCCUCCCUCGGGUACCUCUGCUUCUAUCCUCAAUCUGCGCCGUGGGGGCAUAGUACCACCCUUUUUCCAUUCUAACUACAACAUAUUUCUUUCAAACUACAAACAUCAGGCACCAUGCGUCUAGAUCCCGCCCUUCUCCCCCUCAUCUCCUUGGCCUCGGCAUCCGCUCUCCCAUCAUGGCACGAUAAAUCCGCGCAUGAGAUUUAUCACGACGGGGCCGGCUUCAAGAUUCCCACCGUACACGAGUCCGCCGUCCUAGCACGUCGCAUCCUCGACAUAGAGCGUGUCGGUACGCUCAGCACUGUGUUUCCUACCACACACGCCACCGAGAACCGCCCUUCAAAUGUAGGAGGCUCGCCCAUCGGCUUGCCAGACUACUUCGCCAACUGCGAGCCCGACACUGGCAACCCCACCAUCCUCGAGCUCCCGAUAGCGACCUCGUUCAAGAACGUCCAGGCGGGGUCCAACAUCUCUCUCUCACUAAGGUGGCAUGCGCCGUAUAAACAUUGGUACAGCGUGGCUUCUGUGCCGCGCUUCAACCUUGUUGGAUAUCUGGAGGAGUUCACGGACGAGGAAGUCAAGGACGAGAACAUUGCUGCUUGCUUCGUGAAGAAGCAUCCCGAUGCUGCUACGUGGUUACCGGGCAACCGCAUCCACGUUAGCAAGUGGGUGCGCCUUGUUGUGCAAGAGAUCUACUGGAUUGGGGGCUUUGGGGAUCGCGCGUAUAUCGGGUGGAUUCCGUUGGAAGAGUGGCAGAGCGUGAGUCAGGACGAAAUCGAGAAGGCAAGGCUGCCGGGCGAGGACUCGCCAUGGAGCUGGAGAUUGUGGUUUGGGUUGGUCGACAACAAGCAAGAGAUGCUGGAGCUGUGAGGUACCUAGCGCCACGAUAGCACCGUAUCACGGGCGAGUCAUCUUGGUUCCACACUUGACUGCCACGUGUUGUGACACUGUCGGCUUCUAUGCGGCGAGUUCGUCGGUGAUAGAUUGUACCUAGAACCGCCAUAUGCACAUAGCGCAGCGACUCAGGCAGAUUGUCGACGGGGCUUGCAUAUGUACUACACUGAGUAAUCUCACCAACUACGGUUCGCGAACACACAUUCUCAAUUUCCAUG